GGACCGAGAUGUUCUUAAUUCCACGCACAGGACUCGCCCGACCAGCAGAGUCAAGCUCCUGGUGGGUGCCGGGCAUCACAAACUUUUAGGGCAACCAGAGUGUGUCGACUUGCCUUUUUCCGCCCCAAUGCGUAACAUAUCAAAUUUCGAUUUUCAGCUCGAAAACCUGCGUGAAUCUCUCGAUUGAGAUGAUUUAUACCUAGUUGACACAGGGUUGUUUUUCGACAGAAGAACGUUUGUUGCAGAAGACUUUCGAAUGAGCUUUCUUGACCUCGAAAAAAAAAUCUCGGACAUCGCGCAAUUACAGGUGACAGAAAUCUUAGUCAUUCAAAUCACGGGAGGGGUAUUUCUCCCUACCCGGUGCUCGGCCUCCGAAUCCUUUGAUAUAGGACGACAGUUCCAGAAUAGCAAGCAGCCUGCAGCAAAAUGGGCUCCUUUGGUGAGGUGACUGAGUUUGGGCAUGGUUUCAAGUCGCAGUUUCUGUUUGAUCCCAAAUAUACCAAUUUGAAUCAUGGGUCAUUCGGAACAUAUUCUCUUCCAGUCCGCAACGCCUUGCGCGGAUACCAGAAAUUGGCAGAAGCAGCGCCGGAUAAAUUUCUGAGAUAUCAAUAUGUCGACCUCUUGGACAAGGCUAGAGACCGCAUUGCACGACUACUUAACGCCCCUGUCGAUGAAUGCGUAUUCGUCCAGAAUGCCACGACUGGCGUCAACACCAUCUUGCGGAAUCUGCAGUACAAGGAAAAAGACUGCAUCAUUUAUUUUGAUACGAUCUACGGAGCUUGCGAGAGGACGCUAGCUUCAAUUGUUGAAACAAAUCCUCAACUUCAUCUGAGGAAAGUCGGACAUGGGCAAGACUUCGGCUAUUCGUUGCCCUGUACGCAUCCUGAAAUUCUGAAUGCCCUUUCGCAAACGAUCUCUCGGGUGAUAUAUGAUGGAUACACACCCAAAGUCUGUGUAUUCGACACCAUUGUUUCGCUUCCAGGAGUUCGGUUUCCAUUUGAGAGAAUCACGAAAAUGUGCAAAGAGUAUGGCAUUCUCAGUCUGAUCGAUGGUGCGCACGGUGUUGGCAUGAUACCACUAAAUUUGGCUCAACUUGAUGCGGAUUUCUUCGUGAGCAACUGUCACAAAUGGCUAUACACUCCGCGAGGAUGUGCAGUUCUACAUGUACCAAAACGCAACCAACAUCUCAUUCGAACGACAUUCCCAACCUCACAUGGAUAUGUGCCACCUCCUGGUUCAUCUUCUAGAUUCCGCAACCCAUUGCCACCAACAGACAAGUCCGACUUUGUCAACCUGUUCCAAUUCGUUGCGACGGUCGACAGCUCACCAUACUAUUGCGUACCAGCCGCUCUCAAUUUCCGACAGAACUUAUGCGGGGGCGAAGAGGCCAUUUACAAUUAUAUUCGUGACAUCGCUCAGCGAGGAGCCGACCUUCUUGCCAUGGUUCUGGGCACAGAAGUCAUGGAUGAUCUCGAUGCUGGUUAUGGGUUGAAAACAAUGGGAAGUUACGAAGCAACCGAUCGCAGAGAUGGCGGAAGGACGGGCUGGUCGGGCGGUCUGAGAGAUUGUGCCAUGGCUAAUGUCCUCCUUCCUAUUACGAUCGUUGGGGCGUCUGCCCGAGGAAGCAUCAGCAUGGGACCUGGUGGAGCUGGAAGUGCAGGCGGGUUGUCACCUGCACUACGACAAAACUCCUAUGGCUUCCCCAACCCUGGCAACCCACAGUCUCUGCGGACACCUUCUCCCAGUGGGCUUUUGGGUGAGCCCAACAUAUCACGUUCCCCAUUAAAUUCUCCAGGAGCAUAUUCAGCUGGGCCCAUCGUGGUCCAAGAAGCCGAUGUUCCGUGUCAUGUCGCAUGGAUGCAGAAGACGCUGGUGGAUGAAUUCAACACAUUCGUGGCGAUCUACGAGUACGAUGCCAGACUGUGGACGCGGAUUUCUGGUCAGAUCUAUCUAGAGCUCAAGGACUUUGAAUGGCUCGGGGAAGUUCUCAAAGGACUGUGUGAGCGCGUUCGAGCCGGGGAAAGUCUGAGGGAUAGGUCAGACAUAAGCGAAAGAGUCGAGACGAUGACAAUUGCAGAGCCCAAACCACCCUCGCGGCAAGGGACCACUGAAUCGUUGGCCGCUCGCAGAUUCGAUAUCACACAAGGCGGCUGGGUCGAGGAAUGAAGGGUAAAGUCGGUGCGUUCAGUAUUUCCUCGUAUUCCCCGGACCCCUGGAAAAAAGCUGGGGUCUAGAUCGUACUCGCACGAAUAUCAAGUACAUUAGUUUUG